ACGCGCCCUGAUAGCGCUACCUCUUUUAUGUCUCGCUCUGUGGCCGCCUCCCGGUUUCGAGCAACACGGAACAACAAAUGUGAAAAAACAAACACAAACAAUAUUUUUAAACUUCCCACGCGCUCGUCUGUUUAAGUAUUGCUGUCAUCCCAUCAAUGAGCCAUGGCGAUAAACUUCGGCAAGAUCGUCGUGGGGAUUUAUGUGGAGAUAAAGCGCAGCGAUGGACGAAUACACCAGGCCAUGGUGACUUCCUUAAAUGAAGACAAUGAAAGUGUUACUGUAGAAUGGAUAGAAAAUGGAGACACUAAAGGGAAAGAGGUUGAUCUGGAGUGCAUAUUUUCACUAAAUCCAGAUGUCGCUCCAGAAGACGAGAUUUCUUUAAGUCCGGUUACCCCACCGCCUCCUACACCUAGCUCUGUAAAGGUUAACAAAAUCCCCAAGAAUCGCAGAACCAUUGCACCGGGAAGGAGUGAAAUCGCAUCUAGAGAUAACAGAGCUGUCUCGACCCGGGCAAGGCCGGCCCAGCAGCAACAGCCAGAAUUGGCACCUCCUCCACCAGCACAACAGCCUUCACAACCCAUACAGAGCCAGACCCAAAGCCAGCUAACUCAGCAACAACAGAACGCAGCGAGGAGGAAGUCGAAUUGUGUGAAGGAAGUGGAGAAGUUGCAGGAGAAGAGGGAAAGACGAAGGUUACAGCAACAGGAACUGAGAGAAAAGAGAGCACAGGAGAUUGACACAACGGUUCCAAACUAUGAGAUACUGCAGAUGAUCAGAGACUUUAGAGCAAGCCUCGACUAUCGACCCCUAAACACAACAGAUUUGAUUGAAGAGCACCGAAUAUGUGUGUGUGUAAGGAAACGACCCCUUAAUAAAAAAGAGUUGUCCGUAAAGGACCUAGAUGUGAUCACUAUCCCCAGUAAAGACGUCGUCAUGGUCCAUGAACCAAAACAGAAGGUGGACCUGACACGAUACCUGGAGAACCAAACCUUUCGCUUCGAUUAUGCGUUUGAUGACAGUACAACAAAUGAAAUGGUUUACAGGUUCACCGCAAGACCGCUUGUGGAAACUAUCUUUGAUAGAGGAAUGGCCACAUGUUUUGCUUAUGGACAAACUGGAAGUGGAAAAACUCAUACUAUGGGUGGAGAUUUUUCAGGAAAGAACCAGGAUUGUUCGAAAGGAAUCUACGCUUUAGCUGCUCGAGAUGUUUUUCUCAUGCUGAAGAAACCAAACUUUAAGAAGCUGGAUCUUCAAGUUUACGCGACUUUCUUUGAAAUCUACAGUGGAAAGGUGUUUGACCUGUUGAAUCGUAAGGCUAAGCUGCGUGUGCUAGAAGAUGGGAAGCAGCAGGUCCAAGUUGUUGGGCUUCAGGAACGUGAGGUCAAAUGCACUGAGGAUGUACUCAAACUGAUUGAAAUGGGAAACAGUUGCAGGACGUCGGGGCAAACUUCAGCCAAUGCGCACUCGUCCCGCAGUCACGCCGUCUUCCAGAUUAUCCUGCGAAGGAAGGGCAAGAUGCACGGCAAGUUUUCGCUCAUCGAUCUGGCGGGUAAUGAGCGCGGAGCGGAUACGUCCAGCGCCGACCGGCAAACUCGCUUAGAGGGAGCUGAAAUCAACAAGAGCCUUUUGGCUCUGAAGGAGUGUAUCAGAGCUCUUGGCCGUAAUAAACCCCACACUCCAUUCAGAGCAAGCAAACUCACACAGGUCCUAAGAGAUUCAUUCAUUGGAGAGAACUCCAGGACGUGCAUGAUUGCCACCAUCUCUCCUGGUAUGGCCUCCUGUGAGAACACACUGAACACUCUGAGAUAUGCCAACCGAGUAAAGGAGUUUGGGAUUAGUCCAUCUGACAUCCCCUUCUCUCAGGGGGGAGGAAGCCGUUCCGAACCCUCUCCUACCUAUGAAGUGAAAGAGCUGACCGUUGAUCCUAACGCUGUGACCGAGGGAGGGCGAUCCAACAUCAACGCCAUCAACCAGCUGGACAUCAUGGAUGAAGAAUGGGAUCUGGGCAACUCCCCUCAGAGAGAUGACCUCAAGCUACUCUGCGAACAAAAUGAAGAGGAAGUCUCCCCUCAGCUCUUCACUUUCCAUGAAGCAGUUUCCCAUCUGGUGGAGAUGGAGGAGCAGGUUCUGGAGGACCAUAGGGCUGUGUUUCAGGAGUCCAUCAGGUGGCUCGAGGAUGAGAAAGUUCUCCUGGAGAUGACCGAGGAGGUGGACUAUGACGUGGACUGCUACUCUUCACAGCUUGAACAGAUUCUUGACCAGAAGAUCGAGAUCCUCAUUGAGCUCCGAGAUAAAGUGAGGUCAUUCCGUUCUACGCUCCAAGAAGAGGAACAAGCCAGCAAACAGAUUAAUCCAAAGCGGCCCCGUGCGCUGUAGUCUGUAAUAUGUAUUAGAGGAGGAAUGACAAAUACAAGAGUCUUGUAGGCUUCUUGAAGUAUUCUGAAGAAACACUUUCACGUUCCCAUGUGAAAAAAACGUUUGAUUAUUCUCUUACAAAUCACCAGAGGAUAAAGAAUGGGAUUUUGUUUAUUAAUAAACCCUUGUUAAAUAAUGAUGAUUUUGAGGAAA